CUUGAUGCUAGUCCGCUAACUUCUGUGUGGUCAACCAGUCGAAGCAUGAGGUCCGUUCACGGUCCCUUUCUUAUCCACAGCUAAAUUAUAGAAAAUAGACGUCGCCUCCGGUGGGAUGAUACACUCGAUGUUUGCGGUUUUAAUUCGCUAGUGUGAAUCGGAAACAGCAGCGUUAGCGGAUCAAACUCUUCUCCGUAUCCUCCGCCUCCACCUCAGCGUCCUGCGAAGAGGCUGCUAGCUAUGAUGUGAUUGUGAAUAAGUGUCGUCGAAGGGAAGUUAUAAUUGACAUUAUCGUAGCUGAAUGGCCACGACACCGGCCUGUCUGCCUCCAUUUGACGCCUGCAUGCUCUUAUUCCGGUAGCCUUUCGAGCCCCGCGUCGGGAGGAGCCGUUAUAUUUUCUUGGCGGAAAUAACCGAGGAGACCGCAUCCACAGCACUGUAGUGAAAGACAGGCAGAAAGAAAAAAAAACAUGUCUUUCUUCAAUUUUCGGAAGAUAUUCAAGUUGGGGCCCGACAAGAAGAAGAAGCAGUACGAGCAUGUACACAGAGAUGUGAACCCAGAGGAGAUUUGGGACAUUAUUGGUGAACUGGGAGAUGGUGCGUUUGGGAAAGUGUUCAAGGCUCAGAACAAGCAGAAUGGGACCCUGGCCGCUGCUAAGGUUAUUGACACGAAGACAGAGGAUGAGUUGGAGGACUACAUGGUCGAGAUCGACAUCCUGGCCUCCUGCGACCAUCAUCACAUUGUCAAACUGUUGGACGCUUUCUAUUUUGAAGACAAACUCUGGAUUCUGAUCGAGUUCUGUGCGGGUGGUGCAGUCGAUGCCAUCAUGCUGGAACUAGAGAGACCCCUGACAGAGCCACAGAUCCGAGUGGUGUGUAAGCAGACCCUGGAGGCCUUGAUCUACCUCCACGAGAACAAGGUCAUCCACAGAGACUUGAAAGCCGGGAACAUUCUCCUCUCUUUGGAAGGAGACGUAAAACUGGCUGACUUUGGAGUGUCUGCUAAAAAUACCAAGACGUUACAGAGAAGAGAUUCUUUCAUCGGCACUCCAUAUUGGAUGGCCCCAGAGGUGGUGAUGUGCGAAACAUCCAAAGACCGUCCGUACGACUACAAGGCAGACAUCUGGUCCCUCGGGGUAACCCUCAUCGAGCUGGCACAGAUUGAACCACCCAACCACGAGAUGAAUCCCAUGAGGGUGCUACUGAAAAUAGCCAAGUCCGAGCCGCCCACGCUCAUGCAUCCCUCUCGCUGGUCAUCAGAAUUCAAAGACUUUCUGCGGAAAGCACUUGAUAAGAAUGUGGACAAUAGGUGGAGCGCCGCGCAGCUUCUACAGCAUCCCUUCGUCACCAGUGUAACGGACAGCAGACCUCUCAGAGAGCUCAUAGCCGAGGCCAAAGCUGAAGUCACUGAAGAGAUCGAGGACAGCAAAGAGGAGGAGGAGGAAGAAGAGCCGGAAACACCUAUGGCUGGUCCUGGACACAAGCGAGCACCAUCAGAUGCCAGCGUGGCCAGCACAGAAGACGACAAAGUCCCGCCAACUCCCUCAACCCUCACAUCGCUUACAGAAAAGGUGGAGGUGGAGCGGACUGAUGACCGAAACAACGAUAAGCUGUCUGAUGAAGGACUGGGAACGAGCGAGGUGGACAAGACAGAGGAGGAGAAGCUCAAGGAGGUGUCUGACGCCAGUAAUGAAGACCUGGCCUCUGGAGUAACCGAGUCCAAACCAGAACACGAUCAAGUUGAAGAGAUUCCUGCUGAGCCUGUGGUGUCACAGCCAGAAAUACCUGUAGAAACUGUGGGUAGCCCAGAACUUCUUACAGAUGGUAAAGAAACGGAGGAGGAAGAGAAAGAUGCUGAAGAAAAGAAGGCGGAGGAUGAACCUACCCAAGUAUUAGAAGAAGAAAAGGAGCCGGAGGUGGUGAAACCAGAAGAAAAUGCAGCAGGUCCAGAAGAAUCUAAAGAAUCAGAAAAGCAUCUUGACGAUACACCAGAAAAACCUGAAUCCAUAACAGAACCAGAAGAAAACAAAGAUGAGAUGCCCCAACCCACACAGGUGACAGAGGACAGGAGAGAAGACAUGGCUAAUGGCACAGACGUUGACGUGCACACACAGAAUAUAGAAUCUGGUGAAAUGGACACAAAUACAAAUGAAGACAUGGACACAAAUUCAGGUCAAGAUGAGUCUUCCACUGGCGUGUUAGAAAACAAGGGCUUAGAAAUUCAGCCAGAGGAGCAACCAAAGGAGCUAGAGUCAGAUGGACCUGAAGAGGACAGUCAGACUAGAGAGAAGGAUCAAGUGGAGGAACAAGCACCAACCGAAGCACCAACUGAAUCCACAAAUGGAGUCGGUGAUGAAGCCAAAGACUCCUCUGAGGAUUCAGAGCAAGUGGUCUCAGCGAAGGAAGAAGCAACUCAUCCAGAUGAAAGCACCUCUCAGGAUGCUGUCUCUGUCCUGGAGAGUGAAACCGACUCAGAAACGAAGACAGAGCAAGGAAGCCCAGCUGUGGUCAAACCCGAUGGGGAGAAGGACUCUGACUCUGGGAGCAGCUCCGCUGCUGACAGCAACAGCCUCGACCUCAAUCUGUCCAUCUCCAGCUUCCUGUCAAAGAGCAAAGAAGGGGGCUCUGUGUCUCUGCAGGAAUCUAAACGUCAGAAGAAGACCCUGAAGAAGACACGAAAGUUCAUGGUGGACGGUGUGGAAGUCAGUGUGACCACAUCAAAGAUAGUGACGGACAACGACACCAAGAAUGAGGAGAUGAGGUUCCUGAGGCGACAAGAGUUGAGAGAGCUGCGCCUCCUCCAGAAAGAGGAGCAGAGGGCCCAGCAACAGCUGAGCAACAAGCUGCAGCAGCAGAGAGAGCAGAUCUACCGGCGCUUUGAACAGGAAACUACUGCUAAGAAGCGCCAGUACGACCAAGAGGUGGAGAACCUUGAGAAGAAACAGAAGCAGACUAUUGAGCGGCUGGAGCAGGAUCACACCAGCCGUCUCCGGGACGAGGCCAAACGCAUCAAAGGGGAUCAAGACAAGGAGCUCUCCAAGUUCCAAAACAUGCUAAAGAACCGGAAGAAAGAGGUCAAACAGGAAGUCGGACAGUCGCCCAAACACAUGAGAAAAGAGCUCAUGAAACGCGUAAAGGAGGACCUAUCGCUCCUCAAGACUGCAGAGGCAGUGGCCCAGGUUAUGAUACAGUCUUUUCAGUUGUCCUCAUGCGCACUCUUCAACGCUCAGAUGCAGGAUGAGCAGGAGUUCCUACAGAAGCAGCAGCAAGAGCUGGAUGGAGCCCUGAAGAAAAUCAUCCAGCAGCAUAAAAUGGAGAUCGCCACCAUUGAGAAAGACUGCCUCAACCACAAGCAGCAGUUAAUGAGAGCUCGAGAGGCAGCCAUGUGGGAGCUGGAGGAGCGCCACCUGCAGGAGAAGCACCAGCAGCUGAAGCAGCAGCUGAAAGACCAGUACUUCAUGCAGAGACACCAGCUGCUGAAGAGGCACGAGAAAGAGAUGGAGCAGAUGCAGCGCUACAACCAGCGAUUAGUAGAGGAGAUGAAGAACAAACAGAAUCAGGAGAGAGUACGUCUGCCCAAGAUCCAACGCAGCGAUGCCAAGACUCGCAUGGCCAUGUUCAAGAAGAGCCUCCGCAUCACAGCCGCGGGCACCGUCACCCCAGAGCAGGAGAGAGAACGGAUAAAACAGUUUGCUUUGCAGGAAGAAAAGAGGCAGAAGAACGAGAGGCUCCAUCAACACCAGAAACACGAAAACCAGAUGAGAGAUCUGCAGCUGCAGUGUGACUCCAACGUCAGGGAGCUGCAACAGCUGCAGAAUGAGAAAUGUCACCUUCUGGUUGAACACGAGACCCAGAAGCUGAAGGAGCUGGACGAGGAGCACAGCCAAGAGAUCAAGGAGUGGAGAGAGAAGCUAAGACCCAGGAAGAAGGCUUUAGAGGAGGAGUUCACGCGCAAGCUCCAGGAGCAGGAGGUCUUCUUCAAGAUGAGCGGUGAAUCCGAAUGCCUUAACCCCACCACGCAGAGUCGAGUGUCCAAAUUCUACCCCAUCCCAAACCUGCACAACUCUGGGUUAUAGCCUUCUGUCUGUGUGCGUGUGUGUUUGUGUGUCUGUGCUAAAAAAAAACAAAAAAAAAAAAAACAAUAAUAAUAAUAAUAAAAAUAACAAACCAGACUGCGCUCCCUGACUCCCCCUGGUGGAUCGGCGCCAUCUCUCCACUGCUUUGGUCUCCACCGUUAGCGAGCAUGACGUGCCUCACUUAACAUGAAGUUUUCUCUCUGCUUGCUGGGGAAGCUCUUUAAAUGAUGAUAUGCACUUUCUUGGAGCAUGUUCAGAUUUUUAAAAGUCAACCUUGGUCCUUGAUCAGUUACGAGAUAACUGUAAGCACAACCUGCUGCAGUAUGAAUGAUCUCCAGUGCCUCAUGUUAUUUUUUUUUUUUCUGCCCUUCCCUGUGUUUUCUACAGCUUGCAGUAAAUACAGUGAAUGUUUUGCACUUAAAUAUAAUUUCAGCUCCGAAUCUCAAGAGGUCGAGUGGUUAUUUUAAUCACUUUAGAUGAACCUGGUGACAAAUGCCAAGUCCGUGGAAGUUUUGCUGCAUGUAAAGUGGAUCUCUGUCAGUGGGAGACGAAAGAAAACGGUGUGUAGUUGUGAGACUUUGUUCCGACUGUGUAGUCUUCUGUGUCUAAUGUCGUCAUGGGAGUCGCAAGCAGCUUGAUAAAAGAAUGUACUGUGUUAGUGAGUACCUACCUGUAAUCAAAUGCUGUGCUUACCACAAGCAUUUUAUCAUCUUUAGAGAUGAACGAUCAAAAAUGAAUAUUUAUUUAGCACAUAAAUCUUAUUUUACGUCCCCGCAGCAUAAACGCAGAGUUCACCUGUUACUUCAUGGAACGGAUCGUCUACUGGGAGUUAUUUCAAGCUGCGUUCAAGCAAAUUAUUUGUUGUGAAGAAUGAAUACUAGAGGAAUGUAAAGCUGUUGAUUUGCACUGUUAUUUGCCACAUGAGCUAAAGGAAAAAAAAAAUAUGCAGUAGGAAACGUCUCACCCAAGCCUAUUCUAACUGACUGAAUUGUUUUCGCCUACUUUUUUUUUUUUUUUUUAAACUUGUAAUUUUCCUUUUUUCAAAUAUGCCCUUUAGGAUUUUAUGACCACAUCUAGUUUUCUAAUUAUUCCUUGAUAUAUAUCGAUGCUGUAAUCGCUCUGUACUGUUGCUCUUGUCGAGACCAAUGCUAUAACUGUGUUAACUUCAGUGUGUCGGGAGACGUACGACGCUGCUGAACUUUACGAGCGAAGUAUGGACGGUUUGUUUAUUUUGCCUCUGCGUAUCAUCAGUGCACGUUACCACAUCAGCCGACACUGACUAGCGUUUCAUCAUGAAUGCUGGAUUUUUAUCGGGGUUAUUAGAGACCGUGUCGUGUGAAUUACACCAGUCGACCCACAGAGUUCAAAUAUUUUUUUAUUUUGUUGAGUUACAGCAUUUUGACGUGUCAUUCAACUACAUUGGAUAUUCUUAGCAUACGCAUUUCUGAUGCCAGAUCAAAUGUAUUUAAUGUGUCUUUAUAAAUGGACUUUUUUUUUCUCCCUUGUAAAUAAAAUAUUGACUGUU